AAUGAUUGUAUAUAGGUAUAUGCGAUAUAAACGUCGACCGUUUGCGGUAAAUAUUUACGAUUCAAGCAGAAAGUCGUUUGAAUUCAUAGGUGUACGACGACUAUUAAAAGAAUAGCAUCUGAUGACGAAAAAGAAUGAAACGUACCGCGAGAGAAACGCAUCUUCUUCGAGGUCAACAACAGUGUAGACGUAGCUUUAGGAGCUGCGAAAUCAAAACUGCCGGCUGUUUGAAUUAAAGUGUCAUGUGGAUGGCAAGGACUAUACUUCAAAACGCGUUUCGCAGCCAAGAGAACAGAAUGUCACGGCGUUUUAAUCGUUUUGACAAGAUUGUAGCAAUCGACUUUUAAUUGUCAACAAAGAUGACAGAAUUUGUUGACGGAUGGCUCCUUGGACAUGUAUUGGGAGAAGGUGCCUUCGGAGAGGUUCGCCUCGUUAUAAAUAAGGCUACCUCAGAGGCAGUAGCCAUGAAGAUGGUGGAUCUCAUAAAACAUCCCGACGCCCGGAAUACCGUGAAAAAAGAGACCACAAUCCAUCGGAUGCUUUCAAAUCCCAAUAUCAUACAGUACUUUGGCCAACGCAGUGAAGCAAACAUGGAGUACAUAUUUUUGGAGUACGCGGUCGGCGGUGAACUUUUCGAUCGGAUAGAACCGGACCUGGGCAUGUCAGUCGAGGAGGCGCGAAAGUACUUUCGUCAGUUAAUUUCAGCAGUCGAAUAUCUGCACAGCCGUGGAAUCGCUCACCGAGACCUGAAGCCAGAGAACCUUUUGCUCGAUGCCAACGACAACCUGAAAGUCUCAGACUUUGGCCUGGCCACCGUCUACCGAUUGCAUGGAAAGGAGCGUUGCCUUGAUAAAAGGUGCGGUACCCUACCCUACGUUGCUCCAGAAGUACUUGAACGUCCUUAUCAUGCCGAACCUGCCGAUAUCUGGUCGUGCGGUAUAAUAUUGGUAGCUUUGUUGGCCGGAGAACUACCGUGGGAUGAAGCUUCCAAAUCUUGUGAAGAGUAUAACGCGUGGUGUAACAGCACAUAUCAGUCAAUAACACCGUGGAAAAAGUUGGAAAAGUCGUCGAUAUCGAUAAUUAAAAAGAUACUGGUGCACGCUCCGUCAGCAAGAUCGACCUUGAAAGACUUAAAGAGACAUCCUUGGUACAAUAUAGGAUACAAACCAGAUGCUCACGCGUUCCACAAAGUUGAUCAUUUGCAAGUGAGCAGUAUGCGAGGCCAAACGAUCUGUUACUCACAACCAGAGUUGCCGCCGACUGGAAUCACUAGUUUGACGAAUAUAAAAGGGGACGAGAGAUCUGGAUUGUCUUUCUCGCAGCCAGUAUCAGUUGAAGAUUUGCUGGUUUCUAGUCAAUUGCAAGCAGUCGGCACGCAAGCCAGUCAAGCGACGAACAAUUUCCAAAAUUUGGUUCGCCGUAUGACUCGAUUCUUCGUUUCCACGUCAUUCGAGGAUACUAUCGGGAUUAUCGAAGAAUGCUUGACCGAGAAUAAUUACCAUCAUCGUGUAAACGACUAUGGAACGAUCACGCUUUCAACAGUAGAUAAAAGAAAGAUGCCAUUAAUUAUAAAAAUGAAUGUCAUCGAAAUGGAUAACAAAACGCUUGUAGAUUUCCGUUUAUCAAAAGGAUGUGGUAUUGAAUUUAAAAAAGUUUUUGUAGAUAUAAAGAAGCUGUUUAAGCACAUCAUUUUAAGUAAUUGUAAUGUAUAAUGCUUAAAUUAAAUAAAAUUUUUUAUUGGCCA